AUGGGUGGUCACGCAGGUCCAAAGUCUUACAUGGGUUGGUGGGGUGAUAUGGGUUCCCCAAAGCAAAAGGGUAUCACCACUUACUCCGUUUCUCCAUACGCUUCUAAGCCAUUCAAGGGCGCUUUCUACAACGCCUUCUUCAACGUCUGGAGACGUACCAAGGGCCAGGCCUUCUACGUGUUGGUCCCAGCCGCCAUCGUCUACAAGAUCUACUCCGAUGCCGUCGACUACAACACCUACUUGUACACUAAGGCCGGUAGAGAAGAAUUGGAACGUGUUUCCUAA